AUGCCAAGCCAGGCCAAUCCGUUUCAGCAGUGCUACAAGAAGUUGGACAGUGGACAUGCAUUCUAUGAUCUCAACGAGCUUCAUGACGAGAGGGUCAAGAAGCUGCCGCUGUCCAUCCGUAUUCUGUUGGAGUCCGCGGUUCGUAACUGCGACGAGUUCGAAGUGAAGUCGUCUGAUGUUGAGAACAUUUUAAACUGGUCUGAGACCUCUAAGAAUCAGACUGAGAUCCCCUUCAAGCCCGCACGAGUCAUCCUACAAGAUUUCACUGGUGUUCCCGCGGUGGUCGACUUUGCAGCUAUGCGUGAUGCUAUGGAUCGUCUUGGUGGUGACCCUGCAAAGAUCAAUCCUCUGGUACCGGUAGACUUGGUUAUCGAUCACUCUGUGAUGGUGGACUACUCCCGAUCCCCGGAGGCUCUCGAGAAAAACCAAGAGUUAGAAUUUCAGCGCAACGGUGAACGCUUUGCCUUUCUGAAAUGGGGAGCCGAGGCCUUCGACAACUCCCACAUCGUACCUCCUGGAUCGGGUAUUGUGCAUCAAGUAAACCUCGAGUACUUGGCUAGAGUAGUUAUGAACGCCACUAAGGACGGCGGUGUCCUCUAUCCUGAUUCCCUUGUUGGCACCGACUCUCAUACUACUAUGAUUGACGGUCUUGGUGUUGCCGGAUGGGGUGUUGGUGGAAUAGAGGCCGAAGCGGUGAUGCUUGGUCAGCCGAUCUCUAUGGUUUUGCCAGAGGUUGUUGGAUUUAGGCUCACUGGUCGACUUCCGGUCACGGCCACAGCUACUGAUCUUGUUCUGACCUGUACCAAUAUGCUGAGGAAGCGAGGAGUUGUUGGUAAAUUCGUCGAGUUCCACGGCCCUGGUUGUGCUACUCUGUCGCUUGCUGACAGAGCGACCAUUGCUAAUAUGGCGCCGGAGUAUGGUGGAACCAUGGGUUUUUUCGGUGUCGAUCAGAAGUCUCUGGACUAUCUCCUCCAAACUGGUCGUCCUAAGCACGUGGUUGAGUUGAUCGAGAAGUACCUCCAAGCUAACGGCCUUUUCCAAGACUACUCUGAAGAUCGCGAGUACUCGGGCGAGCUGAUGCAGUUGGACCUGUCCACAGUUGUUCCUUGUGUGUCGGGCCCUAAGAGGCCUCAUGACCGCGUCGCUGUUACUGAUUUGCCAAAGGACUUCACUGAUGGUCUCAGCACGCCACCUACUUCUUUCAAAGGUUUCGGUAUCCCUAGAGAUAAACAGGGUACAGUAAUGAGUAUCGACUAUCACGGCAAGAAGUAUGAUCUAACUCACGGCUCGGUGGUUCUGGCAGCCAUCACGUCUUGCACUAACACCUCUAAUCCGGGAGUUAUGCUUGGCGCUGGCAUGUUAGCCAGGAAUGCAGUGAAGAAGGGUUUAAAGGUGGCGCCUUACAUCAAGACCUCGCUAUCUCCUGGAUCUGGUGUAGUCGAUGCUUACUUGAAGAAAGCUGAUCUUCUCACAGACCUUGAACAACUCGGUUUCUAUACCGCAGGGUUCGGUUGCAUGACGUGCAUUGGUAAUUCUGGCGACUUGGACUCUGAGGUCACCCAAGCUAUCACUGAAGGAGAUCUGGUGGUUGCCGCUGUGCUGUCGGGGAAUAGGAACUUCGAGGGCCGUGUGCAUCCCUUGACAAGGGGGAACUAUCUUGCGUCUCCACCCCUUGUUGUUGCCUAUGCUUUGGCUGGUCGUGUCACCAUCGACUUCGAGAAGGAUCCCCUAGGCGCUGAUCCUGAGGGCAAGCCGGUUUUCCUCCGUGACAUUUGGCCCUCUUCUGAUGAGGUUGCUGCUGUCGAGAGGAGUUGUGUGUUGCCGGAGAUGUUCACUGAGAAUUAUAAGAAGGUCUUGCAUGCUAACAAGAGGUGGACUCAGUUGGCAGCUCCGUCUGGAAAGUUGUUUGCUUGGGCUGAAGGAUCGACGUACAUCACGAAUCCUCCGUUUUUCAAGACUACCGAGAUCGAUCCAGCUCCAAUAGAGUCUAUCGAAAAUGCCUACUGUCUACUCAAUGUUGGCGACUCUAUCACGACCGAUCACAUAUCUCCCGCAGGGAAAAUAACUGCGAAUUCUCCUGCUGGUCGCUAUCUUAUGGAGAACGGUGUACAGCCGCCCGACUUCAACUCCUACGGUUCUCGUCGUGGCAACUAUUUGGUUCUUGCUCGUGGCACUUUCGCUAACAUUCGUCUCAUCAACAAGUUGAUGGAUGGUGAGGUUGGGCCGAAGACGGAAUUUGUACCCACUGGCGAGAAGAUGUUCGUAUAUGACGCUGCUGAGAAGUAUAUGAAGGAGGGUUAUUCGCUUAUCAUCCUCGCGGGUGCUGAGUAUGGCAGUGGCUCCAGUCGAGAUUGGGCUGCGAAGGGUCCGGCUUUGCAAGGCGUUAGAGCUGUUAUUGCCAAGAGCUAUGAGAGAAUUCACAGGUCGAAUCUGGUUGGCAUGGGUAUCUUGCCACUCCAGUUCCCGCAAGGUGUUGAUGCUGAUUCCUUGGGACUAGAUGGUCGUGAGCAAUUCUCGAUCGAUCUGAAUCAUGGUGAUCUGUCUGUGGGGCAGAAGAUUACUGUGCGAACUACUUCCUCUAAGACGCCUUCUUUCGAUGCUAUUGUCCGUCUUGACACCGAAGUUGAGCUGACGUACUUCAAGCAUGGUGGCAUUCUGCAGUAUGUGCUUCGCAGGCUUGCAGCGUAG